AUGACCAAUACAUUACCACUAUGUCGACAAUUGAAUGAUAUUAUUAAAGAAGGGCGUAGUGCUACGUACAAGAUCAUUCAAAUUAUUCCAGCUACAGAGGAUGUUCCAGAGGCAUUUACAACAUUUCGAACUGACGAAGAAACAUGGGAUAUAGGGUUAACGAAGAAGACAUAUUUAUCCAUAUUCAAGGAAGCACACACCUUUUGGCACAAUAAUUUGAUUCCAUAUGCACCUAAAUUCGAAGAAUACUGGUAUAAUGAUAAUGAAAAACUAAUGAAUACAUAUCUUAUGACAUUGGGUUAUUUACUAACAACAAACGAGAAUCACACAAUAAUCAGACUACACGAGGUGACCUUCUGGCAGAUAUGGAAAACUUUACCUAAGAGCAGACAAUUUUUGUUAUCCGAAUUUGAAAUAUUGACAGCAUAUAUUAGUAGUCGGUUGAAACGAAUAAAUAAAAGUUCAUCGUUGUGGAUGAUGGUCAAGAAGAUAGCAAUAGCUCUUAUUUUUCACGAAAUCGCUGAUGCUAAGGUAGAAGAUUCUGUUGAAUUAUACAAAGUUCUUGUGAACCGGAUCUUGAAAUCUUGUGAAAUUCAUUUUGCAAAUUAUUAUGCUUCUAGAUUUUUAAAAUGGUGUAUUCGAUUUAAUUUUACAUUAUACAAGAAUACAGAGAACAAGGCGAUCAGAGAGGCGAUGGUCGAAAUGAACGAAAUCAUCUUAAACAGCCUUGUGGUGCUCUGCCAUCAAAAGCUAUCUGACGUCUCUUUAUGGACCACCCUUGAAGUCUAUCUCAGAGAAUGCAGCAGCAGAUUAAACUCUUCAGAAUACGCAAUAGAUGAAUACAAUAUGGUAAUCGAUCAGCUUACAAAAUUAAGUAGUGCUGACUUCACACAGAUCGAUACAUUAAGAGAACAGAAUAUGCCACAAUUUGAUGUGGAGAAGUUCCAACUCGAUCAAAUUAGUUGGUUACUCAAAGCAAAUUGUUCCAUUGUAACUCCUUACAAGGCUUUGAUUGCACCCUUACCUACUUCAUCGCGAGGGACCAGUUUGCAACUUCACACUAUGAUCAACUUCGCCUACAGUAGUGAGAAAGAACAGUUAAAUGAUUUUGUCGAAACCACAGGUGAAAAUCCGUUAUACAACUCCAAGGCGAAGUUUGCAUCGGUACUACAACACCUACUACAGAAAGAAUUUGUCUAA